AUGAUGAAAGCGGCAAGAUAUUAUGGCAAAGGUGAUAUCAGGGUCGAAGCUGUUCCGAUUCCAGAAAUGGGGGAGGGAGAGUGCCUUGUCGAGAUCGAGUGGUGUGGAAUAUGCGGCAGUGACUUGCACGAAUACCUUGCGGGACCGAUAGGUAUUCCCACACUGGAAAAUCCUCACCCACUGACCGGCGGCCAUAUCCCUGUGACUCUCGGCCACGAAUUUUGCGGUCGAAUCAAGGAAGCUAACCCUGGGUCACGAUUCAGACCAGGUCAGCCUGUGAUGGUAGAUCCGCACAUUGCCUGCAAAGGCUCAACUUGCCAUGGCUGUAGGUCAGAUAAGGAUCAUCUCUGCGAAAAUCUCGCAUUCCUGGGAGGAAGUGGUGCAAAAGGAGGAGGAGGCUUAUCUGAAUAUGCUGUCGUUGACGAAGAAAUGCUGCAUAAAAUCCCUGACAACGUGAACCUUGACCAUGCGGCUGUUAUCGAACCGUUGGUCGUCGCUAAUCACGUUUUGAAAGUUACUGGAAGGAGUCUGAGUGAACUUGACGUUCUGAUCGUGGGUGGUGGACCAAUUGGGAUUGCACUGGCGUGUCUACUCAGUGCCCAAGAUGCUCGUAUCAUACUCAGUGAACCAACCACUAAGAGAAGAGAUCAAGCCAUUGGCUUACAACUCAUUGAGAAAGUUGUUGACCCCAGAUCUGAAGACUUGGGUGAAGCCUGUCGUCGUCUGACUGCUGGAAAAGGUGCAGACGUUGUCUUUGACUGUGCUGGCGUUCAAGCCGCUUUGGAGAGCGCAUUUGAUGCAAUUGCCUAUGGUGGUACAUAUGUCAAUGUUGCAAUGUGGGAGAAACCAUUGACGAUACCAUUUUAUACAUUCUUUCGAAAAGAACUCCGGAUACUGAGCUCAUGCUGCUAUAACAGGGAGGACUUUCGCGAGGUCAUGGAAAUGAUGGGAGAUGGUACAUUUCAGGGGUACGAGAAGAUGAUCACCAGUCGAAUAUCGCUUGAUGAUGUGGUGGCUAAAGGCUUCGAGGAGCUGGUCGCGAGGAAGGACGACCACGUCAAGAUUCUGAUAUCACCCAAGUUAACUUCUUGCAGAGCUUAG